AUGGAUAAGAAGAAGCCAGCGCGUGCCCCAAUCAAGGACGGCCCCACCCAGCAGAUUGUCUCCGUGGAGCCGCCCAACCAGGAGAGUUGCGAAGUCGACGACAAGAAGGAACUCGACCCCAAAUUCUUGAUUUUAGCGGCCGAAGUUCAGGAAGGGCCGCCCUUGGGCGAGGGCAAUUUCGCCGUCGCUUUUAAAGGUAAGGGGGGGGGGGGUUGUGGCUUUACUAAGGCUUUAAUAGGGGGGGGGGAGGGGAGGGGGUUGUGGCUUUACUAAAGGCUUAAUAAGGGGGGGGGGUGGGUGAUUUUUAGUAUUUUUUUCCAGGCAGGGUAACUUUUGAUUAAAACGUUUUUAGGGGGACAUGUUUUUUGGGCGGAGUAAUUUUUUUAUAACUUUAGGGCAUGCCAGUUUUUUUUUAAUUUUUGCGCGCGCUAAAAUUUUAUGGGCGGGGUAAAUUUUUGAAAAGUUUUUUGGGCGUGGUAAAUUUUUGAAAAUUUUUUUUGGGCGGGGUAAUUUUUUGAGAGUAAUAUUUUUUUCGUAUUUUUAGGGCGGGGUAAUUUUUUAAAAUUUUUUUGGGCUGGGUAAAUUUUUUUAUCACUACCCCCACCCCUGUGUUUAGACAGAGAGAAAUUAUUAACCAGCCAAUGCCAAGCUUAAAAUAUUAGUUUCAAAACUUCUAUUAAAGACUUCGCUUGUAGGUACCUACAAAGGCAAGACGGUGGCCAUAAAGAAAGGCCUAAGCGAAAACGAGACGCAAGACAUGAAACGAGAAGCAAUCAUUAUGUCACUGCUGGGGUCUCAUCCCAAUGUCAUACUCUUUUAUGGAAUGGUUGCUGAUCCGGUAGGGGUUCUCUUUAUUUUUAGGGAAGGGGAGAGGAGAUGAUUAAAUUUUUAAGGCGGGGUGAAAAAAUAUUUUAUUUUUUUUGGGGGUGGGGAUGAAAAAUAUUUUUUAGGGCGGGGUUAAUGUUUUUUUGUAUUUUAAAGGGGUAAGUAGUCUUGAAAUAUAAAAAAAUACAGGGUGUGGUAAAUUUUUUCAAAAAAAAAUUGGGAGGGGUAAACAAAUUUUUUUUGGGAUUGGUAAAAUUUUUUUUGAGGAAAGUGGAAAACCUCCUUUUUAAGCAUUUCUUUUUUCAAAAAAAAUCGUUUUAGACCCGUAUAGUAAUGGAGCACUGUGGUCGCGGCCCUCUGGACGAAAUCGUAGCCCAAGCCAAAACGGAAGUUAAAGCGGACGAGCUGGUAACAUAUCUGACUGAAAUCUCGCGCGGAAUGAUGUAUCUGGUUGAGCGGGGUUGUAUUCACCGUGAUCUGGCAGCACGGAACAUUUUGGUUGCGGACGAUGGGGUGAUGAAGGUCAGCGACUUUGGGUUAAGCUCGCAUCGACAGUGUCCCGAGAUGGAAGGCUUUGCUGGGUCUAAGGUGAGGGUUUGAUGACUGCCCCUACCCUACUGUACCGUACCGUACCAUACCAUACCAUACCAUACCAUACCAUACCAUACCAUACCAUACCAUACCAUACCAUACCAUACCAUACCAUACCAUACCAUACCAUACCAUACCAUACCAUACCAUACCAUACCAUACCAUACCAUACCAUACCAUACCAUACCAUACCAUACCAUACCAUACCAUACCAUACCAUACCAUACCAUACCAUACCAUACCAUACCAUACCAUAUCAUACCAUACCAUACCUUACCUUACCUUACCCUACCCUUAAGGCCAUAAUUUUCAAAAAUUUUAGUUAAAUUUCAACAUUCCUCUCCGCUGGUGGCCUCCAGAAUGCCUGAAGCGAAACCCCAAGUUCCACCCGGGCAUGGAUGUAUGGUCGUUUGGUGUGGUCGUAUACGAAGUGUUUAAUCAAGGUGAAAAGCCAUGGCCAGACCUCGACCCGAAGAAGGUGGCCACGAACAUACGACACAUGAAGAUCUUCAAGUACCCAAAAGAAUGCCCCAGGCCAUUGUCCGCCAUCUGCCGCAAACGCAUAUUGGUGCCGCUGGCUCAGCGAUGGGACUUUGUUCUAUUGGCAAAGGUCAUGAGCAACUUGAGUGCGGAUAUGAAGCCAAGCAAAAAGUACCUGAGGGAGUUGAUUGGCCCCAAAGUGGAGCCGCCUAAGGGCGAGAGGUUGAAACUGACGGCGGCCGAACAGAAGGAACUGGACGAUUUGUGUCGAAAGAAUGUAAAAACAACCGGAGGGCAGAAUGCACCAUCUGUAGCAGGCGUGGUGGCUAGAAGCGCGAACACGGCUACGUCACCGGCUUGUACACCUUCGUCGGAGUCGUCGGUAAGGCUUAAAAUUUUAGUGGGGUAGGGUAAGAUAAGAAAAUAUAGGGUGAAAAGCGAUUAGAGAAGGGUAGGAAAAGCUAAGCUAGUCUAGGGUUAGGUAUUAUAUCGUAGAGCCCAGGGUACAGAGAAUCAUUAUAUUAUACUAGCCUAGCCCUAACUCCCCACUUUCAGGCCUCAUUCCAACGAGCACCGACCAAAAAGCCCAAGAAUGCACUAAAGAAGAAGAACGCAUCAGUGAGCGUGGCCCAGACCUUUACCCGUACCGAGAACACCACAGAGAACGUUGAAGAACAGAAAAAACAAAAGGUCACACUCCAGGACAUAAUCCAAUCAGAACGUUUGCCACCAGACGAAAACAGAUCCAAAAUGGGCUCCAUACCCUAA